AAAAUUGAACAAUCUUGGAGUUUUUGUCACCAUUCAACAAAAAAGGCUGUUAUUUUCCUUUAAGAGGUGAACUGAUUGAACCUGUAUGUUAUCURUGCAUUUGUUUGUCUCUGGAGCCCCCUGCAGCAGCAGGUGCAACACAGACCCCAACAACUGUUCAAGUUACAAGCUGAGCACAUCGGUUUGAGUAUCUAUAGUAAGAGGAAAAAAAAAUCAGACGUGCUGUAGAUACCUGGGGGGGAAAGUGAAAUGUAAAUUGAGCAAUAAUUAGGGUGAUAGGUUUUGUUUUGUUUUGUUUUGUUUUGUUUGAUUACUUUUUAUCCUAAAUACUAACAGUUUCAGCAUAAAUACAUGAAAUAUUCACUUUGAUUAGGAGCUGCUACAUUUAGGACAUGUGUAGUGCACAACCAGUCUGCUCAUUAAAGAAAAAACAAGCUGCAGUUAGGACACGUUUGGAUUGUGAUAAAGUAUCCUCUGAUGUAAUUAUUUCCAGUUUAUUAAAAAGUGUUCCUAACUGCCAUAUAGUCAGCUUCCCUGCCUUUUUGCUCAGGCUUCAUGCAGACAUCGGCUCAGUUUGGGGCUCGUCGGGGGCCAAACGCGAGCUGGGAUUCUGUUGGAUGACGCGCAGGGGUGUGUUGUGUGUUGCUUCUGAGAACUGGCUUUGGGAAGAGGGUUAUCUGCAGCUGAUAAGGGCCACGUUUAAAAGGGUUGCGUUAGGAUGAGAGUAAGCAACUGAGCGUCAGCUGGAGGGAGCGAGCCGAGCUCAGGGAGAGAAUCUGAUGAACCAUGCUGCUGCUGCUGCUGCAUGCACUCACUCUCUGUCUCGCCAACACACUGUUUGCUGCUGGGGGGUUCUGCAUGCCUCUGUCGGACCAGGGGCCACACAUMGCACACGGCUGGGGCCAGGUGGUCCGGCUCAGACACCUGUACUCUGCCAAACCAGGUCUUCACCUGCUGAUUGGUGAGGAUGGACAGAUCCACGGUUCUGUGGAGCAAACUCUGUACAGCCUGCUGGAGAUCCGUCCCGUGGAUCCAGGUCUUGUUGUCAUCAGAGGAGCAGCAACCACACGGUUCCUCUGCAUGGAGAGGGAUGGAACACUGUACUCAUCGCACAUAUACAACAAAGCAGACUGCACCUUCAGAGAGCAGAUCUUGGCAGAUGGUUACAACGUCUACACCUCUGAUGGACACGGAGUCCCCCUCAGUUUGGGAACCAACCAGCAGAGGCUGCAGGGUGUAGACCGAGGUGCUCCAGCUCUGGCCCGGUUCCUCCCCAGGAUAAACACCCUCCAGCAGACCCUCUCGGCAGUGCCGGAUGUCCCUGACCAGCCGGGUACAGUGCAAACAGAAGAGGGCAUGGAUGUGAUGGACUCAUUUGGAAAGAUUUCUCAGAUCAUCCGCAGCCCGAGCUUCCAUAAGAGCUGAGGCAGCAGCGCUGAGAUCUCUGUGAAGGGAUGUGUCCACGAGCUCUUCAUGGCCUUGGAGUCUGGCUGACCAGCAUGUAGGGACGGUUGUAGUCAGGACUCUGCAGUCAGACAUGACUGAACCGAACAUAAGACCAACGUCCUGCUGACUGGAGUGCUCUGUCUUACCUGAAGUUCUCCUCUUGUAAAAACUGAGUGACGUACAGAGGAGUGUGUCGGUUUCAAACUGAGAGAAGGGGACAGGUGCACAUAAACGUCUGGAAAAAGAAAUCAUUUUCUCACAUCUGAACUUUAAAGGCACAUUAAAAAGCUGCUGUGACAAUAAAAUACUGAAAUAUGUUGAGGAUCUUGUGAAGUCUUUUUGAGGGGAAAACAUGAGCUUUGUUGAAGAACCUUUAGAGAGGCUCCAAGUUUAGUUGUCUUCGUCUGUAAAAGUCUUGUUUGAUGGAUCUUGCUGUAUUUAUUUAGUUAUUUAAAUGUGAAUGCUUUUUGUGCUUUAAUCAGUUUACCUCUAUGUUCAUAGUGAUGUCUUUUUAAAUGUAUUUUUUUAUUUGAAGUUUUUAUUAUGAAGCUUUGCAAAUAGAAGCUGUGUAAAUAGAAGUGUGCGUUUUUUAUUAAUUUUAGAACGUUUAGAUAUCUGCUUCRUGUACAUGUCUAAGCACUUUGUACUUUGUUUAAUGCAACAGCUGAGUUUCAAUUCUUUGCAUUCAAAGAAACAAUAAAUGUGUGCUUUGUGACUUCAGAAUUUGAAAAACAUUGUAAUAACUCUUUAUUUUCUGAGAAAAACUGCAUAACUGUAUUUCAGCCUUGUUGAUUCAGUUUCUUAAUAUUAAAAGGAAAAUAUUGGAUCAAGCAUCAACGAUGAAAUCUUAA